AUGAGUCCCAGUGACUGUUGGCUUUGCAACUUGUUCAGAAAUGGCACAAAUGGAAUCACCUCCAAAGUUAGCCUGGAGGAAGUGCUGCAGUGGUCUCAAUCUUUUGAAAAGCUCAUGAGUACUAAGCAUGGGCCUCUCAUCUAUAAGUCCUACCUGAAGACAGAAUAUAGCGAUGAGAACAUUGAAUUCUGGCUGGCAUGUGAAAAGUAUAAGAAGAUUGCAUCACAUAGGAAAAGAAUUGCAAUGGCCCAGAAACUUUUCAAGGAAUAUAUCCAGCCUCAGGCUCCAAGGGAGAUUAACAUUGAUAGUCCAGCAAGAGAAGAUAUUAUCGCAAACGUUCAAGAACCUACACAAUCCUGUUUUGAUGAAGUCCAGAAAAUUGUUUACAUGCAUAUGGAAAGGGAUUCAUACCCAAGGUUUCUUGGAUCAGAUAUCUAUCAAAGCCUUAUCCUGAGUCUUUCAACCAAAAGGGAACCCAUCAUAUCUGUCAAAGAUGGAGAAUAA